UCGCUCCGGAGUCUCCGGCAGCGCUUUGGGGAGAGACGAGCUCCGUGGGCCGCCAUGUUCUCCGCGGUCUUCCGGGCGGCAGCCGCCGGUCUGGGCGCCCCGUGGGGACGCCAUAUAAGGAAUUUGCAUAAGACAGCUGUGCAAAAUGGAGCUGGAGGAGCCUUAUUUGUGCACAGAGAUACUCCUGAGAAUAACCCAGAUACUCCAUUUGAUUUCACACCAGAAAACUAUAAGAGAAUAGAGGGAAUUGUAAAAAACUAUCCAGAAGGCCAUAAAGCAGCAGCUGUACUUCCAGUCUUGGAUUUAGCUCAGAGACAGAAUGGAUGGUUGCCCAUCUCUGCUAUGAACAAGGUUGCGGAAGUUUUACAAGUACCCCCAAUGAGAGUAUAUGAAGUAGCAACGUUUUAUACAAUGUAUAAUCGGAAGCCUGUUGGAAAGUACCACAUUCAGGUCUGCACUACUACACCCUGCAUGCUUCGAGACUCUGACAGCAUACUAGAGGCCAUUCAAAGAAAGCUUGGAAUAAAAGUUGGGGAAACUACACCUGAUAGACUGUUUACUCUUAUAGAGGUAGAAUGUCUAGGUGCCUGUGUAAAUGCACCAAUGGUUCAAAUAAACGACCACUACUAUGAGGAUUUGACACCUAAGGAUAUUGAAGAAAUAAUUGACGAGCUUAAGGCUGGAAAAAUUCCCAAACCUGGGCCAAGGAAUGGACGCUUCUCUUGUGAGCCAGCUGGUGGUCUUACCACUUUGACUGAACCACCGAAGGGACCUGGCUUUGGUGUACAAGCAGGUCUUUAAUUUAUAUUCAACUGUACAUAUGUUAUUUGUCACUUGAGAAAUAAAACAUAUCUCUUCAAUCCUCAUAAA